GGGGGACGUGUCUUGGUGCGACAAACGGGGUGUGGGGGGUGAACGGAGCUGCUUGCUGGAGGAGGUGGAAUUGGUUCUUUAAGGGCGCGGGAGAAAAAGCGCCAACCCUGCUGCGUUUAUAACGACCGGAAGGUGGGGUGAAUCGUUACACUUGACAGGUUUUGUCGAUCACAUCUGCCUGUGUCCGUCCGUUAUUCCCGUGAAACCAGGACUGCUGAGGAGUAGACGAGGAAGAGGAGGCAAAGGGAAUGGAGGCUGAGAAAAGGAAAGCCUCUGCCCACAUUCUUUGUGAAAUGAAAUACGUAGGGCUGUUGGUUUUGUUUUUGUUUUUCAUUCGUAAAGCAAAAAAGAAGCCAACAUUUAUUAACAACAGCAUGCACAGAAGCCCAGGUCACUGGAGUGGAGCAAGAAAGAGGGCAGUAGUGAAGUAAGGUGGUGAAUACUUAUUCUGCUGAGAAGUAAAAGAGAACUUUGUGAGGAAGAAAAUAUGCCUCCCAAGUUCAAGCGCCACCUAAAUGAUGAUGAUGUCACUGGUUCUGUGAAAAGUGAAAGGAGAAAUCUUUUGGAAGAUGAUUCAGAUGAAGAAGAGGACUUUUUCCUUGUUCAGAAUCAGGUGGAUGAAGUUAUUGAUGUCAUGCAAGAAAAUAUUACAAAGGUAAUUGAAAGAGGGGAGAGACUAGAUGAACUACAGGACAAAUCAGAAAGCUUAUCGGAUAAUGCAACUGCUUUUAGCAACAGAUCCAAACAACUUCGAAGACAAAUGUGGUGGCGUGGAUGCAAAGUAAAAGCCAUCAUGGCUUUGGUUGCUGUUUUCCUUUUGCUAGUGAUUAUCAUUCUUAUAGUUGUGAAAUUCCGUACUUGAUUUGAUGACAGAGAUCUUCAUUAAACAAGACCUGGGACAAUAAUAGUAAAAGAUUGCUGCGUAAUUUAAAUGAAACCUAUGUAUAUAACUUUCAAAACUUCUUUUUCAAGAAACUAAGAGGCAAGUAUCUCUUCAAAUUGGAGCAUUGAGAAUGUCCAAGUGUAUUCUUCCCUUCUAACAAAAUGUUCUUUUAAUAAUUAUGUUUAAGGCAAAGAUAACCUGCCUCUAUUUUGCCAUAUUCCGAGGAUCUAAUUUGAAAUUAGAUACUUGCCAGUUCAUUAUUUGUGUAUAUAGUUAAACACUGAUGACAAUAUUUCAUACUAGCAUUUUAAUGGCAUAAGGAUUUGCAUUGUUGCAUUAAGGUGGGGGUCAGGUUGUGGGUCAGGAAGCCUAUGUAGAAUACCAAAUCAUUAUGCUGAAAGAAAUGCAUAACCAUUCUAUCAGUAUUUGCAAGAACAUAAAUCUUUUCACAUUACAAUUGCUUUGCAAGCAAUUUCCACGUUUAUGGGUGUAACAAAAGCUAAAUGUUGUAAAUGUUGCUUCCUUUAGCUAUAACUAAAAACAUUUCAGUAAACCUAAUUUUGACUGUAUAGGGGAAUGUGUAGUAAUUUUUUGGCAUUUGGAUUAUGGAAAUGGGAAAUUAAAGCAGUGUGAUAAACAUAGUAUGCACUAUAAAACUGGAGAUAAUAAAGUCAUUAAAGAACUUCAA